AUGGCGGGCAGCCGCGUGGGCACCCUGCGGGCGCUGCAGACAGUAGACACUGAGCUUACUGCGGACUCCGUGGAGUGGUGCCCAGUAGAAGGCUGCCAGCAUCUAGUGGCCUGCGGAACCUACCAGCUGCGAGCGCCGCAGGACCAGGUGCAUGGCUGGGAGGGUGAGGGCCGGGCAGGCGGAGAGGGGCUGCUGACUGGGCCCAGAACUGUGAAAAGUAAUGGGAAGGGUAAACCGGCACCGGACGCCAGUGAGCCUGCAAUUCGCUUAGGUCGUCUCUACCUGUACAGCUUCAGGGCGGACAACACGGCUAAACCUCUGGCUGAGGUCCAAAGGAGGGAUUCUUCUGCCAUCCUGGACAUGAAAUGGUGCCAUAUCCCAGUGUCUGGCCACGUGCUUUUAGGCUUGGCAAAUGCCAGUGGAUCUGUAGAGCUGCUCCGACUGACAGAGGAUGAGAAGGACAGUUAUGCCCUACAGCCAAUAUCCAGCCUUACCCUGGAGGAGAGGUGCUUGUCCUUGUCACUGGAUUGGUCCACUGGGAAAUCUAUAAGGGCCAGAGGCCAGCCCUUGAAGAUCAUUAGCAGUGACUCUAAGGGGCAGCUGCACCUCCUGACGGUGAGUGAGGGAGCAGCUGAGCUGCAGCAAGUGGCCUCUUGGCCAGCCCAUCACUUUGAGGCCUGGAUUGCUGCCUUCGAUUACUGGCAGACAGAACUAGUGUAUUCAGGGGGAGAUGACGGUCUUCUGAGAGGCUGGGACACUAGGAUGCUAGGCACAUCUGUCUUCACUAGCAAAAGACACUCCAUGGGUGUGUGCAGCAUCCAGAGCAACCCCCAUCAGGAGCACAUGCUGGCUACCGGCAGUUAUGAUGAGCACGUUCUGCUGUGGGACACCCGGAACAUAAAGCAGCCACUGGCAGAUGUACCCGUGCAAGGAGGCGUGUGGAGACUCAAGUGGCACCCGGUUCACCACCACCUACUUCUGGCGGCCUGUAUGCACGAGGGCUUCAAGAUCCUCAACUGCCAGAAGACCAGUGAGAAGCAGGACGUGACUGUCUUAAUCUCCCACGAAAUGCCUAACUCAUUAGUAUAUGGUGCUGACUGGUCCUGGCUUCCUUCCCAUUCCAUGGAGCCCACACCUACCUGGUCCUUUGACCACUAUGACAUGGGAGCCAGAACAGCAGACCGCUACAGCUUGAAGGUUGCAGAGGAGCCACCAGCACCUUUCAGUGAACAAACAACAGUGGGCCACCAUGUGGAAGGGCCUGCUAAAACUCACAGAGUUGAAUCUAAGGCCUCUCUCCUUCCAUUAACUGAGGACAUGAAAAACAGCAGCCAGCUGUACUCCUCAGCCAAGGCCUGUCAUCUCAGCCUCAACUCUAGUGGACACAACUUUGACAACACCCUCCUGGCCACCUGCUCCUUUUACGACCAUGUUCUCCACCUCUGGAAGUGGGAGACAAAGCAAGCUUGAGGCUCCAUUCUUUGCAGCUGUACUAGACUGUGACUUGGCGAGUGCUGGCCACUGAAAACAGGCAGUAAAUGGGGGUUUUCCAGCUCUACAACUAAAUGUCUUGAGUAUAUUUUAUCUUUCAGUUCAUUUGUAUUUAAAUCUGUUUAUAUUAAAUAACUUCUCAAAUUUUUUAAUUUUUAAAAAUUGUAAUUGUGUGUUUGCGUGUAGUGUGUGUAGAUGCUGGAAGAGGCCGGAAGAGAACCCUGGAUCCCCUGGAGCUAGGGUCAAAAGUGUUUGUGAGCCACCAUGGGCGUUCUAGGAAACAAAUUUGGGUCUCUCUGCAGGAAUAUAUGCUCUUACCUACUAAGCUCUUCAA